CCAGACUUCGCGCGUUCCUCCUCUGUGCCUGUUUCUGGUGGCUUCGAGGGCGUGCGGGUUCUGGACGGGCGGCCGAGCGCUGGGAGGCGGAGGCGGAGCAGGUCUGAAGGUCCUGAGGUGCACUUGGUGUGUGGAGGAUCGGGAAGAGACCUCCAGGAUAGGCCCAGGAGUAAUGGCGUCCAAAGAGGAACAGGUGGGGAAAAAUCUCAACGUGGAAGAUGUCCACCAGGAAAAUGAAAGUGAGAGAGGAAAGCCGACCUCUGCGAAGGGUGAAGAAAAACGCCCUCUGGGAGGGCGGGAAGCCGGCGAGCCUGGAGGAAAUGUUAAGCAGGGGCGGGUCUGGAGACUUGCCCCAAAUUUUCGAUGGGGAUUGUCCAAUAAGCAUGUUGUGCACAAUGAAGGGGGAGAUGAUGCAGAAAGGGUCGCAGGGCAGAUGAUACAAGCCAGGAGAAAGAUCAGGGAGCAGCAGAUGAGGCAUUAUAUGCGCUCUCAAAUUCCUGAACCGGAUAAUCAUGAUGACUUUUGCCUUAUACCUUAAGUCAUAUCAAGGUUAGCCCUAGAGUUAAGAAUGGGCCCUCUGCUUGCAAACUGCUUUACAACUUGUGUUGCUAUGAUGUAGUUUAGCUGCCAACCUUUUGGUGUUUCCGCUUACCAGUUUCUAAUCGAAUAUUGGUUUGUGUCAGUCUGGAAAUUUCUGUCAGCAGGGCAAUUGUACCCAUUUUUAGGAAGACAAUUAAAAUUUCAUAUUGUGAAAUUAAUAAAGCAGUUUAAAAGGCAA